AUGACUGAACUUGUCGAAGAGGGUGUAAACAAGGACGGAAUAUCAUUAUCUUUUAUCGUUUAUCUUUACGCACAUUAUGUGCACAUUAACAGACAGAAACCGAACGUAGAUAAGAGGUUCACCCAAAUCCUGCUCCAAGAGCAAUAUUUCAAGCGUUUUGUCUCCAAUCUGGGAGUUAAAGCCGUUAAAUACAAGCAACAAGGAAGACAAAACGCAGGAAAUGCAAUAUAUCAUUGUGGCGAUGGAGAUCAAAUUGUCGAACUCGAUUGUGGAUCGCAUGUGGAAACAAAGCUAUUGUGGGAAGCUUGUGUCGGUUUUUUGAGGGAAGUUACCUGGUUCGGUUUGCUAGCCAUGAGAGUCGAUGCUGCGUGA